AUGGCCGCUCCCGCUUCCAAGACCAUCCACGACCUUAACGGCUCCUGGACUGCUAACAACACCCUCUCCGAGUCCUCAGCCGAUAUCCUCAAAGUCCAGGGCGUGAACUGGCUGACCCGCAAAGUCAUUGCCAUGGCCAACGUGACUCUGAUCAUCAGCCAGAGCACGGACGAGACCGGCAACAUCCACCUCGACAUCGAGAACAAGCCCAGUGGCGGCCUCCCCGCCACCCAGGAGAAGCGUGUCCUCAACUGGGAGCCCGUGGAGCUCAACCACGGCCUCUUCGGCAACAUCCGCGGUCGCUCCCGCAUCUGCAAGCUCGCCGACCUCGACGACGACUACCUCCGCCAGGGUUGGGAGGACGGAACCGAGGAGGUCAUGCACUUCAAGACUGAGCACCUCGACUCCAAGGGCGUCAUCACCCAGCAGGUCGCUGGCUUCAUUGUCAUUGGCGGCACUCGCUACCACGCUCGGCGGGUCCUCGUCACCAAGGAUGAUGGUGAGAGGCUCGAGGCUAAGCUUGUCUAUGACUACCAGGGUUAG